GGAGAUAUCUUCCGACACCGAAGAAUCCAACAGUCAUGCCUGAACCCACCGCCAAAGCGCCCAAGAAGGGCUCCAAGAAAGCCGUCUCUAAGACCGUCAGCAAGACCGGCAAGAAGAGGAGAAAGUCCAGGAAGGAGAGCUACGCCAUCUACGUGUACAAGGUGAUGAAGCAGGUCCACCCCGAUACCGGCAUCUCCUCCAAGGCCAUGGGCAUCAUGAACUGCUUCGUGAGCGACAUCUUUGAGCGCAUCGCCGGUGAGGCCUCUCGUCUGGCUCACUACAACAAGCGCUCCACCAUCACUUCCAGGGAGAUCCAGACCGCUGUCCGCCUGCUGCUGCCCGGCGAGCUGGCGAAGCACGCGGUGUCUGAGGGAACCAAGGCCGUGACCAAGUACACCAGCUCCAAGUAAACCUGCUGGAGACCAACACCACAACGGCUCUUUUAAGAGCCACACACUUCUUCUAAAGGUUAAUUCCUGAUGCUGCCAAAAUAUAAUGUUAUUAAACCACUACAUACUAAA